AUGCGGGUGUGGGAGGCUCACCUCGCUCCAUCUCGAAGUACCCUGGCAGAGCUGAGGCUGCUCCUGGCCCUGGCGGGGGUCCUGGCCACCUUGAUCCUGGCCCAGCCCUGUGAGGGCAGUGCCCCAGCAGCUCCUGGGAAAUUGGCACCUUCAGUCCUUCGCACCUACGUGGCAGAGGCUGAGUUGCUGCUGGAAGCCUCCUAUGACGGGAUACAGAGGAGCACUGAACAGGAGUAUCCCAGCAGCUCAGCAGGACCCGCAGAAGGACCCACAGAAGGACCCGCAGAAGGACCCGCAGAAGGACCCGCAGAAGGACCCGCAGAUGAAAACCACCAGCAGCGGGUGUUACCUGCCCCUGGGAUGGCCCUGAGGGCCACCUUCUAUCUGCGUGUGGCCCUGGGGCUGCCGCAAGGAAAGGGCCUGGCACAGGAGUCCGACUCCAUCCGCAUCACUGGAGUGCUGACGAAGCCUCAGCUGCCUCCGCCGCCCCCGGCCAAUGGCUGUGCAGACCAGGAUGAGGAGCAGGAGCAGGAUGAGGACCAGGAUGAGCAAUGCAGUGACCAGUAUCGGACCAUCACUGGGAGAUGCAACAACAAGAGGAGACCAUGGCUGGGGGCCUCCAACCAGGCCCUGGCCCGCUGGCUGCCAGCUGAGUACGAGGACGGGCGGGCGUUCCCCUUGGGCUGGACUCCGGGCAAGAGGCACAAUGGUUUUGUCCUUCCUCUGGUCCGGGACGUCUCCAACAGGAUCGUGCACUUCCCCAGCUCGAGGCUUACCUCUGACCCAGGCCGGUCUCUCAUGUUCCCCCACUGGGGCCAGUUCCUCCUCUAUGACUUGGCCUUCUCCCCCGAGUCUCCAGCCGGAUCUUCAUUGGGAGAGGAGAUCGUGACAGGAGCCGAUUGCUACACGACUUGUGCCCGGCUGCCCCCCUGCUUCCCCAUUGAGAUCCCGCCCGAUGACCCGCGCCUCAGGACCCCCGGGGACUGCCUGCCCUUCUUCCGCUCGCUGCCCUGGCACGCAGAGAACGGGAGCCGGGUCCGGGAGCAGAGGAACGAGCGCAGCUCCUUCCUGGACGCCAGCAUGGUGUACGGCAGCGAGGCCAGCCUGGCUCGGCGGCUGCGCAACCUCACGGACGAGCACGGGCUGCUGGCCGUCAACCAGGUGUUCCGCGACGGGGACCGCGCGCUGCUGCCCUUCGACAACGUGCUGGGCGACCCCUGCGUGCUCAGCAACCGAACUGCGCGCAUCCCCUGCUUCCUGGCAGGUGAUCCCCGAGCCAGCGACACCCCCGAGAUGGCGGCCCUGCACACCCUGUUCCUACGAGAACACAACCGGCUGGCCACGGAGCUGAGGCGCCUGAACCCUGGCUGGAGCGGGGACCAGCUGUACCAAGAGGCGCGCAAGAUCGUGGGCGCCACGGUCCAGAUCAUCACGUACCGCGACUUCCUGCCGCUGCUUCUGGGCCCGCUCCGUGCUGCACGGACUCUGGGGCCCUAUCAGGGCUACUGCCCCAGCGAGGACCCACGGGUGGCCAACGUCUUUACCCUGACCUCGAGCUUCAGCCACAUGAUGCUGCAGCCCUUCGUGAUGCGCCUGGACAGCCAGUAUCAGGCCUCCGGCCCUGAACCUCGCGUGCCCCUCAGUGCCAACUUCUUUGCCACCUGGCGCGUGGUAUACCAAGGUGGCAUCGACCCCAUCCUCCGAGGCCUCAUGGCCACCCCUGCCAAGCUGAAUCAGCAGGACUCCAUGAUGGUCGACGAGCUCCGGGAACGGCUGUUUGAGCGCCUGAGCAAGAUUGGGAUGGACCUGGCAGCUCUCCACAUGCAGCGCGGUCGAGAUCACGGCAUCCCGGGGUACAACGCCUGGAGGCGUUUCUGUGGCCUCUCCCAGCCCCACACCCUGGCUCAGCUCAGCCUGGUGCUGAAAAACCCGGUCUUGGCCAAAGAGUUCCUGGAGCUGUAUGGGACGGCCGACAACAUCGACCUGUGGAUCGGGGCCAUGGCGGAGCCCGUCUUGCCAGGAGCCCGCGUGGGGCCUCUUCUGGCUUGUCUGCUGGAGAAGCAGUUCCACAGGAUCCGCAGUGGGGACAGGUUCUGGUGGCAGAAGCCGGGCGUCUUCACAGAGCAACAGCGGCAGGCCCUGAGCAACAUUUCCCUGUCUUCGGUUCUGUGCGACAACACGGGCAUCAGCACCGUGUCCAAGGACCCAUUUAAGGGCGGAAGCUACCCCCAGGACUUUGUGAACUGCAGCCACAUCCCCAGACUGGACCUGUCCGCCUGGGCGGGCCAUUGA